AUGGGGAAAACGCAAAUAUGGGGAAAACGCAAAUAUGGGGAAAACACAAAUAUGGGGAAAACGCAAAUAUGGGGAAAACGCAAAUAUGGGGAAAACGCAAAUAUGGGGAAAACGCAAAUAUGGGGAAAACGCAAAUAUGGGGAAAACGCAAAUAUGGGGAAAACGCAAAUAUGGGGAAAACGCAAAUAUGGGGAAAACACAAAUAUGGGGAAAACGCAAAUAUGGGGAAAACGCAAAUAUGGGAAAAUCGAAAAUAUUGGAAAAAUUGCAAAUAUGGGAAAAUCGCAAGUAUGGGAUCAUCGCAAAUAUGGGAAAAACGCAAAUAUGGGAAAAACGCAAAUGAGGGAAAAACGUAAAUAUGGCAAAAACGCAAAUGUGGCAAAACGCAAAUAUGGCAAAAACGCAAAUAUGGCAAAAACGCAAAUAUGGCAAAAACGCAAAUAUGGCAUAAACGCAAAUAUGGGAAAAACGCAAAUAUGGGAAAAACGCAAAUAUGGGAAAAACGCAAAUAUGGGAAAAACGCAAAUAUGGGAAAAACGCAAAUAUUAG